GUACAAAGCUCCAAGUUACAAAGCUAUCAACUCUCAACUAGCUAACGCAUAUACAGCUGUCGGUCAAGAAGUCUACGACGCCUAACCUUGGAUCUCUUCAUGACAGCUUUGAGAUUACAGUCGAUAUCAUCAAUUCUAUCAUAAUUGAUCAACGCGACUUGCAUAUCGCUUUAGCUUCUCAAAUUCUUGUUACCGCCCCUGAUGUUAGCGACUUUGGUUGAUUGCCCGUCAUGACAGAAGAGCAUCCUGGCUUAGGCAACGGUGAUACUAAAGCCCAAGUCCAAACCCCCGACGAAAUCGAGGCCAACGUAGAUCCUUCGAUACAUGAACAAGCUUCCAGUCAGACCGAAAGUAUCAAAGACGCUACAACAGAUUCAAGAGAUGGAGGCGAGGAAGGUGAUGAAGAAACCGGUGAAGAGGAGGAAGACGAUGGAGAUGAUGACGAUGACGACGACGAAGACGAAGAACCGAAGCUGAAAUAUGCCCGCUUGACGCAGCAUAUGGGCGCCGCCUAUAGGAAUGGCGAUGCCACCAGUGCAUUCCUCGUCGCAGGAGAUAAAAUGAUAGUCGGAACACAUAAUGGAAACAUCCAUGUCAUUCAGUUACCCGAUUUUCAAUCUUUGCUCGUCUACCAAGCCCAUACCGCCUCCGUCACCAACAUUUCGAUAUCUCCAUAUCCGCCGCCAUCUCUUCCACUAAGCCUCAAGCCCGAAGCUGUUAAUCGAGUAGCAUCGCAAAGUUCUAGUCGGCCGAUGUCAAAACAGUCCGAUGGUUCCCCAGCUGGUCAGCGACGGUCGCGCGAACUACCACAAGUUCCCAACCUACCCUCGAAUAACAUCUACAUCGGGACCUCUUCCAUGGAUGGCAAUGUCCGGGUUCAACCUCUUAUUGAGCUCAGAGAUGUACAGCUGAGGAAUUUUGCUCGCCCAGUCCAAGCUAUAGCUUUGUCGCCAGAUUUCAGGAAUGAUAGGACGUACUUGUCUGGUGGUACAGCUGGUAGUUUGGUUCUUACUGUUGGGGCGCCGCAAGGUCGUAGCACAUCAUCGACUACGGGAACUGCUGCGGCGGCAGCGUCGGGUUGGCUCGGCAGUAUCGGAAUAGGCGCAAAUACGGGCAAAGAUACAGUACUUCAUUCCGGAGAGGGGACCAUUAGCACGAUCAAAUGGUCCUUAUCGGGAAAAUAUGUCGCGUGGUUAAACGAGCAUGGUAUUAAGAUCAUGCGCACUAGAUUACACCUGGAUAGCGCGGAUGCAGAAGAUGCUUGGAAACGAGUAGGUCAUAUCGACAGACCACAAACGGAAGAGUGGGAAGAAAUGGCUGGUCUAUGGAAGGGUAGAGCAGAAUGGAUUGACGACCAAGCAAUUGGGAGUGAAGAGGUAGCGAAGGAAAAUGACGCUCUAGGUGCAUUAUCUCCAGCCGUGGCCAAAUUAAGUCAACAAGCGCAGAGACAUGAUAAAACAAUUGAACGACUAUUAGUUGGAUGGGGUGGAACCAUUUGGAUUAUCCAUGUCCAUCCUGGAGGUAUUGGCGUAGGGAAGAAUGCCGGUGAAAGGUCUAUCGGACGGGCCGAGAUCGUAAAGAUGUGCGUAUUCCCACCUGGACUUUCUAUGGAACAUACUAACGUUUUUAGACUGCGCAUGGAUUGCAUUAUAUCGGGCAUUUCGUUAUAUACCCAAAAUCUCCUUCUUGUUCUUGCUUAUUGUAAACCGGAUGAUGAAGAGGAUGACGAAAUUGAGAAUGCGAAAGAACAUAAACGAUCGGGAAGUGGUGAGCCAUCGGGCGGCAUCCGUCGCCGCCACAAUGCCCAAGCUCCCGAAUUAAGGUUGAUUGAUCUCACAUCCCAAGCCGAGGUCGAUAAGGACAGCCUCCCAGUAAAUCGAUUUGAACGACUCUCUUCCAAUGAUUACCAUCUAGGUAUAUUGCCGGCAAACAGAGCUGCUUCUGUUGUGGCUUCUCGAGGCGCUUUGGAGGCCUUGGCAGGGUUUGGUACGGAUAUGUGGAACGCUGCUGUUAACCCAAGAUCACUAUUCAGCUCUGGUGCUAGCAUACGAAGCAGGGAUAGUAAUGACGCUGCUUCGAGCCCUAGGGCUGGAAAUACUACAGGAAGUGUCCGAGCAGCUUCUAGGCUGGCAUCUCGGACAGUACACCCCAACCUCAUCAAGCCGGGCGCAAAAAUAUUCAUUCAUAGUCCAUAUGACUGUAUUCUCGGGACAAAACGAGAUCUCGGCGAUCAUCUCGAGUGGCUCUUAGAACAUCAAAGGUACCCAGAUGCUUGGGAAUUAUUAAAUGAGCACCCGGAGAUCAUGAAUGCGCCCUCGGGGGAUUUCUCUGGACCUCUGCCAUCUAGUUCGGGCCAGAGACCAUCAACAGCAGACGAUUUUUAUGAAGAAACGACAUCCAUGGUAGACGACCAAAUCAGAUUUAUGAACUCAUCGGCGGAAAAAGAGAAACGCCGGAUUGGUGAGCUUUGGAUUCAAGAACUUGUUGAAGAAAGGAAUUGGGUUCGCGCUGCUCAGGUUGCAGCGAAGGUGGUUAAUACUCCCCACCAAUGGGAGAAGUGGAUCUACAUAUUUGCCGGAGCUAAGAAAUUCGACGAGAUUGUGGAUUACAUGCCACCGGAACCCAUGCACCCACCAAUACCGGGGACCGUAUACGAGGUUGUUCUAGGACAUUACAUCCAAACUGACAAGCCUCGAUUCAAGGAAUUACUUGACCGCUGGGGUACGGAACUUUUCGACGCGAACGAGGUUAGUACCGCCCUUGAAAACCAGCUCAAGUUCCGGGACGUGAGAGAAGAUAGCAUCGAAGACGGCGAGAAGGGACGUGACUGGCGAAUCGUGAAAGAGAGUUUAGCUAGACUCCAUGAAGUCAGCGGGCGAUACCGGGAAGCUCUGAGAUGUUACAUAAGGCUUCAAGAUGCGGACUCCGCGAUGCGUCUGAUAAGAGACAACCAUCUUGCCGAUGCUGUUACCGAUGAUGUUACUAGCUUCAUUGCGCUUAGGGUACCGGAAGCAGAGCUUCAUCGGAUGAGUGUCGCCGAACUCGAAGAAGCUACUUCAGAAGCCAUUGCAUUACUUGUGGACGAAGCUCAGCGAGGUCUCAUCAAGCCCGAGGUCGUGGUCAGACAGCUUGAGGAGAAAGAUUUAAACCUUUAUCUUUAUUUCUACUUCCGCGGGUUAUGGCAGGAGUAUCGAGAUCAACCCGUCGACGAAAGCAUAUCUCUGGUAGACGAAUUUGCCGAUUUAGCGGUCCACAUAUUCGCAAGUUUCGAUCGAGAACUUCUUAUGGAUUUCUUGAAAGUCUCUACGUCUUACACAUUUGAAGAGGCAGUUCAGGAGUGUGAACAGGCUAAUUACAUACCCGAACUUGUCUACUUAUAUUCUAAGACAGGACGGAUGAAGCAGGCUCUAUAUCUCAUCAUCGAUCGCUUAGCCGACGUUUCACAAGCAAUUAGCUUCGCCAAGGAACAAGAUGACCCAGAUCUAUGGGAGGACCUUCUUGAAUAUAGCAUGGAUAAGCCACGCUUUAUCCGUGCUUUGCUUGAAGAAGUAGGAACAUCGAUCAACCCAAUUACCUUAGUACGUAGGAUUCCCGAGGGUCUCGAGAUACCGGGUCUUCGCGAAGGCUUGAAGCACAUCAUGAAGGAGCAUGAAAUUCAAUACAGUAUUUCUUCAGGUGUAGCCCGAGUUCUGAGGUCAGAAGUCGCAGCAGCACAAAACCAGCUGCGCAGCGGACAGCGGAAGGGUAUCAAAUUUGAGGUGAUGACCCACGCGCAGGACCAUGUCGACGUUGAGGUUAAAGACAUACCAAUCACCGCAGCAGCAGCAAAAUUAUCAUCGCCCUCUGCGACACCACGUACAGGCGCCACGGGAACUGCGACACCUACCGAAGUGUCAGAUAUCAACACCUUCACAGAUAGCCAUCUUCCAAAUAGGCCACAAUCGAAUCAGGACCAGCAAGAAAUAAAGCCCGGUCACUGCGCCAGAUGCCACGAACCAUUCACAGAAUGGGAGACGGAGACACUAGUGGGAUUUGCCUGUGGCCACGUGUUCCAUAUUACCCAUCUCCUAGAUUACCUACAUCCGGGCCAGGCUGUUCACCCCGCCGUAGUAGGGAAUGCAGACGAGGACCGUUCGAGGGGAGGACGAUUCGUGGGUAGCAAAGUUACACAUGCGCGACUGAUAAGAGAUCGCAUCGAGGGCGGCUGUCCAGUUUGCAGAAGUAAAAGGGAACUUGUUGAGGGAGGUCACGGAUAAUUGACGUCACCCAUCAACCCGGAUAUUUUACCCUAUUUCUUUCCACUUUCUUUCAUUCUAACCGAGGAAGCAUUGUUUGGAGUUGGGAGGACACAUACCUGACCUUGCUGGAUAUUUUAGAUGAGAUGUUACUCGAAGCAUUGGAUACCUCUGUACCUAUACCUAGAAGCUCGAUCGAUGUUUAUGAUUGUUCAGUCACAUAUUUAUUUUCAGAGGAUACAUACGAAUCGGAACGACAUCCGUCAUAGAAGCUACAUUUGAAGUUUUGGAUACAGCAAGAGAUACUUAUGUAAUCAUCUCCCC